AUGGAUCCUGACCACAGAGUAGGGGCAACAUCUGGGGGAGAAUAUGAGAAGCGGCCAUGGGGAACAGUCAAUGAUGAGCUUGGCGUGUCAUGCGUGCGCCUUCCUGGCUUCGUCCAGGCCAACAUGCAUGCGCGGCAAUGUCACUGUCACCCCGAUCGUACGUACGCUAGCCAAUUUAUCGAUCAGAGCGGCAGUGGCCGGUCGAGAAUGUCGAAACCUAGACGUCUCCUCCUCGCCGCUGCUGUCUCGACGCUCUGCGUACUGGCGUCGACGGUGGCCGGCGACGGUGGGAAGCCGCUGGUCACGGCCAUCACCAAGGACGCGGCCACCUUCCUCUACAGCGCCCCCGUCAUAAGGAACGGGCAGCCGGGCCACCACCUCGUCCUCGACCUCUCCGGCCCCAUCAUCUGGUCCACCUGCGCGGCUGACCACCGCACGCUGGAGUGCAACAGCGUCGCCUGCAUGCGCGCGCAUCGCUUCCACCCGCCUGGCUGCCGGCACACCGGCUACGGCAAGCCCGACGACGACAACCCCUACCGCUGCAAGUGCACGGCGCACCCGCACAACCCCGUCUGCGGCGCCACCGUCUCGGGGGACGUGACGCGCACGGCGCUCUCCGCCAACGCCACCGAUGGCAGGAACCCGCUGCGCCCGGUGUCAUUCGUCGCCGUCACGUCCUGCGCGCCGGACUCCCUCCUCGCGAGGUGCCGUCCAGCUGCACCUGCUGGCUUGCGCCCCGUCGCCUGAAGGCUCUUCUUCUGCAGUAUCAUGUGACUAGUGAGUAGGGACCUCUUUCUGCGCUAAAGCCAGCCCAAGUUCAUUUCGACCCAAUUCCAUUCAGCACACGAGCGGCAGGCAACUCGUGACCGGACCCGGGAAGAGCGACGAGAAUGCCGCAGCAGUUGAGGCGAAGCGGCUCCGCGUGGUGCCAGCCUGUUUCCAGCGAAGCAAAGGGACGUGCCGGUGGGCGUUGGCUCAAUUUUCUCGUCCUUGUCUCGCGCGCGUAUACCGUCGCCUCGAUUGCAUCGGUCGAUCAUGCAUGCCUCCACGGGCGAACCAAGGAAUUAACAAGGACGAAAAAAGUCGAUCAAGCCGGAACCAAUCAAGCACG